AUGUUGUGUUGUGGUAAAUAUACAGAAGAUGACGGUUGGUAUAGAUCUCUCAUACUGGAAUCGUAUCUUGCAAAUCGGAAAGUGGAAGUGUUGUAUGUGGAUUAUGGUAACAUUGAGUCGUUGCCCAUAACCAGAAUCAAAGAACUGAAACCGCAGUUUGCAGCGUUGCCGCAGCAAGCCAUUCCUUGUUGUUUAUACGGCGUGAGUCCUAGCGCCCCAAGUUGGACCGAUCAGGCAAUAGAGGAAUUUCAGAAUGCCAUUAUUGAAAAAGAACUUGUGAUUAAAGUUGUCUCGCACAGUGAAAGCCAGCGUUACAGCGUUAGUCUCAUGGAAACUGUUGGAGAAGAAGAGUAUAGCGUUAAUAAAUUGCUCGUUCAGAAAGGUAUGAAGAUUUAUUAUGUUCACUUUUUCAGGCCUUGGCAAAGUUUCCUGUUCGUUACUUUCCCAUUUGGCGACUUCAUAGUUAUUUGUGUGUGUAUUGUGAAGUAAUCUUAAAUUAAAAUUUAAAGUUUUACCAACCAGAAAUGAAACCAAGUCUGCAACAGUGAACAUGUGAGCAAGUGACUGUGUACAUUUUCUAUAAAUGUUCUUGGGCCCCCUUUGUUUUGCCCCCCCCCCCCAAUGUUCCCAGAAAUUGGGGGGGGGGGGAGGUAUAACAGGUUUUUCUGAAUUUUGUGACCACUAUUUUUUAUAAUAUUUCUAAAUAUUUAACAUGUUUUGCAAUUCCAGGCUUGCCCUUGACUGGCAAUGCGGCUUGCAUUAGUAUUUACUCUGUCUAACGCCAGACGAUUUUACUCGUCAGUGGUAGAGUACUGCCAGUACAUGGGUUAACAAACCUAUCUGCAAAUGUCUCUCCUUAACCUAUUGACUGGCAAUGUCAUUACUCUGUCUAAUGCCAGACGAUUUUAUUUGUCAGUGGUAGAGUAAUAGCAGUAAAUGGGUUAAUUUCAGACAAUUUUCUUUCUCAAGUGAAAGCAUAGUUUUGUUUUAUUUCUCAUUUCAGGUUUUGCUGUAUCAGAUGGGAACCAUCCGGGUGUUUCAGUGGAGGCAGAUUUUAGAGAUUACCAACCCCCUCCUGUGGAGGUUGAUAACUACUUUGACAUUGAAGUCACCCAUGUAGAGAAUUUAGAUCAGUUUUGGUGUCAUCUUGUGGCUUCGAGUGAUCAAAUGGAAGCUCUAAUGUCAAAUCUCCAAGAGUAUUAUGAUGCAAAUCCACCAAAAGGAACAGAUUUGAACCUAUUUAGCAAAGGUAAAAUAUAGGCUGUUGCGGUAUAUCGAUAUACUGAUAAUUAUCUUUUUUUAUAAAUACUGAUUACUAUAUAUUGAAAUCUCAAAAUUUCUCAUUUUCUCAAUUUCCACUCGUGUUGAUAUAAGUAACUGUAUAUCAACAUGGAAAAUGUUUUAUAUUUGUUAAAUAUCAAAAUCUAAGUUAGUCCAUCACUCCUUUCUGAAUGCAAUAAUUUCUAUUUCGUUGCACCUUUGCCUCAAGAUUAGGGGAAGUUUAAUUCGAGCCUGAUCCAUUGAGUACCACUGUACCAGCUCUCUCCCCUUGAUUCUGGAGGAUGUUUAAAUUGAAUUAAUAAUCUCCAUGCCAUCGUAUUCUCACAUGCAAAGGACCGUAAUUCUCUAAAUCCUUGCUUUCAAUUCAUUUCCAAUAUGAGACGUGCAUAUUGUUUUUUUCAGGCAGCCCAUGCUGUGCACGCUUCAGCGAUGAUGAAAUGUGGUACCGGGCAAAGAUUCUUGAAAAGAUGUCAAACAAUCGAUUCAAGGUUCGUUUUGUUGAUUAUGGCAACUGCGAAAUUGUGGCGUCCAAAAGGUAA